GGCUUGAAUUAUGGCCGCCGUUAGUAAUGGAAGUACUCCGUUACCAGAAGAUGUGAACAAACCCCCGGAGGGUGUGGUAUUGCCACCCAAGGAUAUUCGCGCAAUCGUCGAGAAGACUGCCGGAUACGUUGCUCGAAACGGUUCUGUGUUCGAAGAUCGUGUUCGCGAGAAAGAGCGAAACAACCCGAAGUUCUCUUUCCUCAACCCCGACGACGCAUACGGCCCAUUCUACCAAUGGCGCCUCAUAGAGAUCAAGGAAGGGCGAGGGUCGACUGCGCUCACAGGUCGUCCCGGCGAAGCCAGCGCGGCCGCGGAGCCUGAGAAGCCCAAGGGCCCCCCCGAGCCCCCAGAGUUCCACUUCUCCGCCCGGAUGCCCAUCAUCAACGCGCAGGAUCUCGAAGUCGUCAAGCUGACGGCCCUGUUCGUGGCCAGACGCGGCAAGUCCUUCAUGACCGCCCUCUCCCAGCGCGAGGCCCGCAACUUCCAAUUCGACUUCCUCCGCCCGCAGCACAGUCUCUACUCGUUCUUCACGCGCCUCGUCGAUCAAUACACGAUCCUGCUGCGCGCGGAGGGCAUCGACGCCGCGACAACGGAGAAGAAGCGAGUCGGCGAGCUCGAGCGCAACGUCCAGAACAAGUACCACGUGCUCGACCGCGCCAAGGAGCGCGCCGAGUGGGUCAAAUACCAAGCGCAGCAGAAGCAGGAGAAGGAGGAGGCCGAGGAGAAGGAGCGGAUCGCCUACGCCGAGAUCGACUGGCACGAUUUCGUCGUGGUCGAGACGGUGCUGUUCACCGCGGCCGACGACCAGAUCGAUUUGCCGCCGCCGACCUCCCUCCACGACCUGCAGUCCGCCUCCCUCGAGCAGAAGGCCAUGAUGUCGCUCAACCCGCUGCGCAUCGAAGAAGCCAUGCCCACCGACCUGGACGCCUCCAACUACUACAACGCCUACCCGCAUCCGCACUUCCCCGAACAAGUCUCCCAACCUUUCGUCCCUGAGCCCAACCCCGUUCAGAACACCGCCGGCCCCAUCUACCCGCCCCACGUCGGCCUCCCCAUGCCCACCGCGCCCGCCGCCGCGCUCACCGCCGCACACCAGGAAGAGGAGCGCUAUAUCCGCGAGCGCAUGGAAGCGCGCGAUCAGGCCGCCGCCCUCAAAGCCAACGCCACCGCCCAGCCCCAGCAGCAACAACAACAACAGCCCAUGCGCAUCCGCUCCGACUACGUCCCGCGCGCGCAAGCCCGCCGCCAGAACGCCGGCGGCGCCACCGCCCUCUGCCCCAACUGCCACCAGCAGAUCCCCGUGGCCGAACUCGAGCAGCACAUGCGCAUCGAGCUCCUCGACCCCCGCUGGAAGGAGCAACGCGCCAAGGCCGAGUCGCGCAGCGCCACCACCAACCUAUCGACCGUGGACGUCGUCAACAACCUCAAGCGGCUCGCCAGCCAGCGCAGCGACGUCUUCGACUCCACCGUCCUCCCCACCGACGGUGCCGCCGCCGCCGCGGCUGCUGCGGCAGCAGCAGCGGAGGAUUCGCGCAACAAAAGGAUGGCCUUCGAAGGUGCCCAUGGGCAGGGUCCCGUGCCCGUCGGUCCCGCGGGUGGCCCUCCUAAUCCUCAAAAUAUGAGUGUCGAAGAGCAGAUCCGACGGAUCCACGAGCGUCAGGGUAAUUACCAGCGGUAGCUGCUGAUCCACCAAACAAAAGAGGAGUGGUAAAUGGGUAUCUUGAAGCUGUGAUUGAUUGCUACGCUCGCGGGGAAACCCCCCUCCUCCCCCAUCGGUGCUAAAUUAUUUUCGAUUUUACAUCUUUCUCAUGGAGGCGUUUUUUUCUUUUUGUUCGUUUUUUUCUUCUCUAGUUCCCAUAUCUUUGUUUCGGAGUAUGUAUAACUUGACUCGCUGGUAUUUCUUUUUUUUUUUUCUGGAUGCGAGAGACGAGACAGGCCCAUCCUGUCGCAAAUUUCAUGACCAAAACACACCCCCUCUGAUGCAGUCAUUCCACGCCACUACUCGUGUAUGAUUUAGGCUAUAGGGUCUUCAUGCUUUAUGCUUAUUGCUCCAGGUAAUAA